AUGGAGGGUCAUUAUAUAUUUCUCACUGUAUUAGUGUUUCUGUCUGUGUUUAAUACAGUUACCACUACCAAACGCAAUGUUGUGUGUUAUUUUGCCAACUGGGCCCAAUACCGACCAGCGGGUGGCAAAUUUUUACCUGAAGAUAUCAAUCCUAAGAUCUGUACUCACAUCAUAUACGCCUUUGCUAAAUUAUCUGGUAAUCGACUAGCCCCUACUGAAUGGAAUGAUGACUUGAUUGAAUAUCCAAGAGGACUGUACCUCCGAGUUUUGGAUCUGAAGAAAUCAAAUCCUGAUCUGAAAGUAAUUCUUGCUGUAGGAGGUUGGACUAUGGGUGUCAAAGAUUUUUCAGUCAUGGCCUCUACAGCUGGAAAUCGACAAGAAUUUAUUGCCAAUGCUAUUGAAUAUUUGAGAAGAUUUGGUUUUGACGGAUUAGAUUUAGAUUGGGAAUAUCCUGGAAGUAGAGGAAGUCCAGCUAUCGAUAAGAAAAGAUUUACAUAUUUGUGUCGGGAAAUUCGACAAGGGUUCGAGAAAGAAGCCCAACAAACGGGAAAAGAAAGAUUGUUGAUAACCGCUGCAGUACCAGCUAGUAAAUCAACUAUCGAUAUUGGUUAUGAAGUUGCAGCUAUCGGCAAGAGUUUGGAUAUGAUAAACCUGAUGUCGUAUGAUCUACAUGGUGGAUGGGAUAAAGUAACAGGACAUAAUGCUCCACUGUUUGCUUAUCCUGGUGAUCCUACACCUACUCUUAAUGUUGCAUAUGCAGCAAAUUAUUGGGCUGAACAAGGUGCUCCAAAAGAAAAAAUCCAAGUGGGCAUUCCAAUGUAUGGAAGAAGUUAUACAUUAGCUAAUAGAUAUAACACUGGAUUAGGUGCUCCAGUUACUGGGCCUGGUAAAAAAGAACGUUAUUCUGGUGAAGCUGGAAUUAUUUUGUCAUAUGAGAUCUGUGAAACUCUCCUUAAUAAAUACCAGACCAUACAAGAUGAUAAUAUAAAAGUACCAUACGCCGUUUCUGGAGACCAAUGGGUUGGAUAUGAUGAUAAAAAGGCAGUAGCCACAAAGUUAGAUUGGCUUCUGGAACAAGGCUAUGGAGGUGGUAUGAUAUGGGCAAUAGAUUAUGACGACUUCACUGGUUCUUUUUGUGGUAAUCCCUAUCCACUUCUCUCUAUUAUCAGUGAAUGUUUGAUAAACGGCAAAGGGAUGUGUAGAGAAAAGUUUGGCUCACAAACAAAUGUACAACCAACACAGAAACCAUGGGUACAACCAACAACCACAACCGUAAAACCAUGGUGGUGGAGACCGACUACAACCAGAAAACCGUGGAUACCACCUACAACCACAACUGUGAAGCCAUGGUGGUGGAAACCUACUACAACCAGAAAACCCUGGGUACCACCUACAACCACAACAGUGCGCCCAUGGUGGUGGUAUCCUACAACAACGAAAAGACCAUCAUCAGGAUCAUUUAGAUGUAGUGUCGAUGGAAUCUUUGGUGAUCCAUUAAGUUGUAGAGUUUUCCAUUGGUGUGUAGGCGGCCGUGAUAUCAGAAUGGGGUGUCCAGCUAACACAGGUUUCAAUUCUACGUUAAAAGUAUGUGCUUGGAUGGACUGUUAAAACUUCCCUGCUUGAAUGAAAAAAAACAUCUCACAUUUGUACAUACACAUUCUAAGACAAAGAAAAAGAGACAAAAGUUUUAAUAUAUUAUCAUUAUGUAUUAUGUAAAUAAAUUAUUAUGGCAAUGUAAAUAAUAUUAAUAUAUAUGAUCCGAUUAUUGUUUAACGAAUAAAAAUUAUGACCUUUCCAA